CCGUUCCGCAAAAUGUCCAGUAACCACACCGCGAUCCCUUCCAAUGGGACCCAAGGCUCAGCCUCAGUUAUACCCUCAUUCCCCCCGACAUCUUCCAACCAGUCCUCUUUCAAAACUCCCCUCAACCCCAACAUUCCCCAGGAUAUUGCCGUGAUCAUGGAGCUGGUCGCCAACAACGAAGUCGUCGGCGCUCUUCCACCAGUCGAUAUGUCGGCUGCUGAGAAGCGUAAGCAGGUUGAAGAGAACUUGAAGAACAAGGAGCACGGGGGGAAAGAGAGCUCUACCGAUUCAGACUCAUCCAGCGAAUUCGAGUCUAGUAGCGAAGAGGAAUCUGAGGGCGAAAAAGCGGUGGAUAAAAAGCCAAUGACCGCCGAAGAACAUCAAAACCUCAAAGCGCAACUGGAUGCUUUUAUCGGUGAAAAUAACGGAGACCCUAAUGUGGAGUUCGAGUACGAUUCUGAUCCCGAAUCGGAUGACUCUGAGGACUACAACUUCAGUCUCGACAAAAUGGGAUUUGAAUUCAUGGAAGAUGAUGAAGAUAUUGGUCCUGCUGAUCCUGGACCCGUUCUUUCGCGCAACGAGGUGCCAUUACCUGCUGUUCAGCCGCCUCCUAUUUCCAAGCUUCCUGAAGGCGAGAGGCUCAGCUUGGCAGGUGAUGUUGUGAGUUGGAUGCCCGAGAAGAAGUUGGAGGCAUGGUUGGAAAAGAAAGCCGGCGAGAUGGAAGAUGGUGAAAAAAAGAGCGCUGUAGAUGUCGAGAAAAAGACAGAUGAGGGUCCGUUGUCUGGCGUCGAGGAAAGUGAGGCAAAGGAGGUCGAAAAGGAGUUGGCGAUUGAUCCUCAGCCGGAGUCUGUUGAUGAUUCAACAGCGACCGGUGUGGCUGUCAAGCAGCAGACAACCAAAAAAUAUGCGGAAGCUGGGACUGAACAGGUUACUUCUGUCACUGGGGGGCCGACAAAGAAAAUUUCGAAGGCAGAACCAACGUUCACUUCUGCUGGUACUGUUGUGGUUCGCGCGAUGCAAUCGCGCCCAGGAGACUUCGACGAUGGCUGGCUUGAGGAGGGAAGUAUUUUAUGUUGGGAAGAUGGUCGUGUCUUGGGCACCGUCUACGAGACUUUUGGCCCAUUAACAUCUCCCUUUUAUACUGUUCGACUCCCUCCUCCACCUUUCCCAUACCCUACGCCUGGAUCCCUUGCUACCGGUACACGUCUCUUUUAUCCCUUCAACCCGUCCUAUCGAUCAUUUGUCAACAUGAUUGCUGUUCGAGAUCCUCGUUACAAGGGUACAGACGCAUCCAAUAUUUACGACGAAGAAGUACCCGAGGAAGAAAUGGAGUGGUCCGAUGAUGAAGCAGAGGCAGCUGCUAAGCGGGAGAGAAAACAGAAGAAAAAAGGCAACAAGCAGUCAAGCGUUGCUGGAACCCCUCGGGGCGGUCGUACAUCCUUGCCCUCUCGCCAACACUGGGAUCAUCAACCUAAUGACGAGACAAUGUCUGAAACAGGAAGCUUGUACGGUGGCGGGGAUGAUAAUCGAUGGGAGGCUGGAUCAGACACCGGUUCGACUGCCAGCGGGCGUGGGAGGCCAAUGCCAGUGUCUUACGGUGACCUGGACGAUUUAUCUUCUCAAUCUACAGGGGGAAGAGGUGGCGGUGGCAGAGGAGGUGGUCGAGGGAGGGGAAACCAAGGCAGGGAUAGGGGACGUGGCCGAGGGGGACGCUCAUCGUACCCUCUGCCCCCUCGACCAAUGCAGGACCAACCAUAUUCUAAUCAAUGGCAGCCCCAGCAACCGUUCAUGCCUGCCUACCCUGCUUAUGGUCAGUCUUACCCCCAGACGGUGCCAUCCUAUCCUCAGCAACCUCAAAAUGCUUCUGCUCAGCAUGCACCAUACGAGCCUCAUCAGCCCUAUGCAGGCAUGGGGGCAACUGCGCAUACGUACACUCCUCAGGGCCAACAAGGCGUCCCAGGGAUGUACUCUCCUCAGCCUCAACAACAGCAGGGAAUGUAUUCCCCGUAUCCUCAAGAACCGUAUGGUGGGACCAUUCCCAUGUACCCUACGCAGCCUCAACAGCAGGGCGGCGUUGCGAUCAACCCUCGAUUCGCCGCCCAGUAUCAGAUGAUGAUGGGGAUGGCGCAGAUGCAGGCACGACAGCAAGGAGGGCAGGGAACGCCAUAUGGGUAUGGGCAGCAGCAGGAGCAGCAGAAUCAUCAAGGACAAGAGCAGGGGCAGGAGCAACCCAAAUAUUAGAUACAGUUCGAAGGAGUGUUCUUGAUGGCAGGAUGAUGAACUCUUACGGACUUUCAAAAAUAUGUAUACAUGUCUAUGGCACAAUGGCAGUAUAUUAAUCGAUGUUAAAAUGAUAUUAAUGUCAUUUGUAUAAUUAUAUCCAGAUAUAUUCGCAUCUAUGCACAAUCAUCAUCUACUUUU